CGUUGCAUGUCAAAGCAAAGAUGGCGUUGAUUCGUGUUGUGUCAGGUGUUUAAAAUUUCUUGAAGUUCUAUCGAAGUCUGACAUUGCAUGUGAUUGUGACACUUUGCCCAGUCAUUUAUUUCAUUCUCGGCCUCGUCGAAGAUCGUCAAUUGAAAAAUACAAGGAGGCGUCUGUCAAGAGUCACGUGUAACAUUGCCCGCUAGUGGCAUCUCGCACUUAACCUAUAGCUCCACUCGGUAUUGUACGGUUACCUUUGAAUCUUGCAAAAAUUUCGGGAAAACGACGUCAAUGUUGUGUCUUUCAUCAGAGAGGAAAACAAAAAUUCCCAUCGAUCGUUUUUCUGACGCUAUCAAUAGCUAUCACUUGUAUUGUAUAAUAGAAGAAAGAUUCAAAACGGAUUUGUGAAAGUUGUAGGUUUGAACAGCAUGCUUCUAAACAUUGUGUUUACGGAGUAACCAGAUCUUUUCACAGUCGUCAAAUAUAUUUAGUUGAAUGCUGAUAAAAUUUACACCUGGCUGAAAUGCCUAAAGUAAGAACCAGACAAGCAAAUAGCCUCUGGUUAAGGCAACGCGAAUUGGGUAUAAAGUUCCCUUUAGGACAUGUUGAUCAUUUCCACAAAACCCUUUACUCCUCUAUACAACCAGUAACUUCUUGGGAUCAUGCAUUAUCUGCAGCUGCUGCCCAUGGUGGAGUUUUCAAUCUUGAAUAUUCUCCUGACGGCUCUCUUUUGCUGGCAGCAUGUGAAAAGAAAAGUAUUUUAAUGUUUGACCCUCUAAGGAGAAGUCUAAUUCAUGCAAUCGAUAAUGCUCAUAAUGAUUGCGUUAAUUGUGUCAGGUUUUUGGACCAACGUAUGUUUGCAACGUGUUCAGACGAUAGCACAGUGGCUCUUUGGGAUGCUAGAAACUUAAAGAAUAGAAUAAGAACCCUCCAAGGUCAUUCUAAUUGGGUGAAAAAUAUAGAGUACAGCCCCAAAGAUAGUUUAUUACUUACGAGUGGUUUCGAUGGUAGUAUAUACACUUGGGAUAUUAAUAGUUUCACAGAGAAUAGUAUUCUUUAUACACGUGUGUUCCAUACAAACGGACUGAUGCGAACUAGACUUAGUCCAGAUGCCAGUAAAAUGUUAAUAAGCACCACUUCUGGAUACCUCAUCAUUAUACAUAACCUUAAGUUAAGCACCUUGACUCAAGACUUGGCAGGAUUUAGACCGAAUAUGUAUCGAUUGAUGCAGUCAUCUCAAACCACGAUACCAAACGUAGCAACUUUCACACAUCUCUUUUCCCAUUCUCGUACGCAUAAUCGAGUAGAAUUUUUGACUGAUUUCCCCGUUGGCGAUGAUGCCGAGAUAAUAUCGAGUUUGCAAGUGCACCCUCAGGGAUGGUGUGCUUUGUCCAGAAAUGUCAGUAACGGGGAAAAGUCUGAGUGGACUUGUAUUCACGAUAUACAAGAACGCGACGUAUCCAGUACAGCAGAUCAAACGAAAGAAGGGGAGGAAACGGCGCCGCAGUUCAACGAAAUUCCGGUAGAAGAGUUGGAAGAUUUUCAACAACCUCAGCCCUCCCGUUCGGGUAUAACAUCAUCAUUUUUAGUAGAAAGUCCAAACAAUCGUGUCAGAGUAGUUCACACCACCACAUCCGAUUCGAGAGCAAACGCGGCUGGAUUCUCGGAGAACGCGCAACCGGUUAGAUCCUCGAGAAAUAACUGGCAAUCGGCAUCUCGUAGAGCAUCGCGGUCGCAAUCGAGAAACUCGCGUUUAGAUAGGAACGCGACCAGAGCGAACUUCGGCGCGAUAGAGGUUAGUUCUAGUUCGAGCUCGUCUGAUUCUCGCGUGAGUGCGGACAGAGAUGACAGAUACAUAUACGCUGCUGACAUUUACGCGGCCGACGAGAGCAUAUUAGAGGAAGGCUCUGGCGAUCAAGAGAGGGAGUCUGGGCAGGAUUACAGGUCACCGAGGCCAAAUUCUCAUCUUAACUACCUAAGACCGCGCAACAUGAUUGAAAACUUUCCUACCGGCAAUAUAGAGUUACAUGUAAGUACAACCGACGUGUGGGAAGCACACGUAGCGAUAAGGGAGGCUAGGCUUAGAAGGGAGAGAGAUUGGCUCUCUAGAUCGAGCAACAACACCGUUGUCAUUAUCGGCGAUAGAAUCAGAGUUCAGAAUCGCAAUAGACAAGGCCAACAGACGAUGUAUGCUAUUCCGAGGAAUCGUAUGAUUCAUCAAAAUACACCUAGGUUAACGCAUUACAUAGAGGAACCAAACGUUGGUUCCGGUUACAUAAAAGAAUUGUGUUUCUCUGCCGAUGGUCGCCUAAUAUGUUCACCGUUUGGCUACGGAGUACGACUGUUGGCAUUUUCCAAUGACUGUUCGGAAUUAUCUAACUGUGUUCCUCCCUACAACGAGUCCGUACGGUUGCACGAAUUAGCGAUAAACACUAGUCAUUCUGGCAUCGUAGUCAGUACAAAAUUCUCACCAAGGCAUUGUCUGUUGGUGUCGGGUUGCCUCAGCGGGAAAAUUGUUUGGCACCAGCCGGUGGUUUAGUAAAAUUAAUUUCAACUUUUUAACAACUGUAUAAAGUUUGCUUGCUAAGGGAACGUCGACGAGAUAUAUAAAUAUUACUUGCCGACACAUUUUCGUUUUUACUCUCAUCCUUCGGUUUGAUUCUCCUUUUAGUAAGGUCGGUGUAGCGCGCAGUUCGGAAUUCUUUUAGAUAUACAAUUUUUGAUAGAUUUUACCGUUUUUUUUUUUUUUUUUUUUUUUUUUUUUAGCAAAUAUGAUUCGCCGAGAAUCCGAUGUUUUUGUAUUAAGCUAAUUAUUUGCAUCGAAUCAUCAUGUAUCACGUGCCGAUUUUUCUUUUUUUUUUAACUCGUAAACGCGAUAAACACGUAAUCAAACGUGUAAGUUAUUUUAUAUGUAAUUGUAUCCUUCCCCUAGUGAUUUAAACAGGAAACAGUCAUGACGUUUGUUUUAAGUAUCGUUAAUAAUGAAGUUGAUCGAUUUAUCUUACACAGUCUAGUAGAAAACUGAUUGUGGGAGCGUAGUAUUUUUUACUAACGAUAAAUAUAUGUUUUCAUCGAAAUGUUUCGAUAAGCUCGUGGCAGAGUACUUUUUUCAUCUUGUAUCUCCGUAAGAAAACGUAUGAAGCAAAAGUGCGGAAAACAUUCCAUCAGUUGGAAAAUGGACGUAACAUUCUUUUGUAGAAUAACGAUUUUUUUUUUUAUCGUUUGCAGCAUUGGGAUCAAAAUAUACACAUAACCGAUUUCGCAUCUUUCUGUUUCGUUUGGCAAUGAUCGUACGGAUGGUUAUGGCGAACCAUUUGCAAUAGCGAUCAGUUAGAAUGUAAGAAAUACCAUAGAAUGAAAUUAUUAUACGAGAAAAUUUAACCUCGCUGAAACACGUAUCAUUGGCGUUGUCGUUAGUAUUACAUUUCUUAGCUGCUUGUAUCGCUUGAUUAGUGAUAAGUGGUUUGAAAUUUCAGCCAAUCAUGAGAUGUGAUUAUUCAGUGUAUCAAAGCUCGUGUUGCAGCUCACCGAGAGAAACGAGGCCUUCUCGCGACUGUUAUCGAAACGAAAAGCGCGCCGUCGGCGUGAAAUUUAAUUCUUUAAAAUUAGCGAAACAAUUCAAUCAAUUUUCAUGUCGGGUCAUGUAAUAAAGAAGAGAACGACGUUGCUCAUAGGCUCAAAGUAAACGCAAACAAUAUGAAUAAAAGUAACGAACAAAUGUUUGUAUUUAUUCAAACGAGUCAAAUCUCUGCGAUUAUAUAAAUACAUAGGUCGUUCCCUUUACCUCGCAAAAUUGAAAUAUCUCGCAAGAUAUUGGAUCUGUCUAAAGAAACAUUUUUACAAAAAUUGUUAUAUAAGUGUAAAGGGACGUAUCGUAUGAUACAAAUUAUCCUUUUGUAGAUGAAGCAACUUGUAAAAAGUUAUUGUUAAAUAUUAUGCCGAAGAAGUAUUGGUUUCGUGCAAUAUUUUAAUUUUAUGAAGGAUAUGACGAACACAAGUCUUUCACACGAUAGAAUUUAAUUUCACAAAAUUUCCUAAAUCGUCACGAAUUAAUAUAUACAACGUUUUACUCGGAUAAAUCCCAAAUAAAUUUCUAUAUGGUCUGAAUUUAUUUUUAAACAAGUGAAUUUGCACGUGACGCGUUUCUUGUUAGCUAGAUAUUUUUGUAAGAAACACUUUUCGUUUUGUUUGAUAGUUCACUUGACCAUGUAUUUCGAUUUUGCGACGUAAACACCGUGUACGCGGAGUUGAAGCACAUCCGAUCGUAGAAUUGAAAAUGGAUGUCGCUUCCGUCGCGGACACUCAAUGUUCCAUUGGAACAUCUUAAAAACUCGUAUCGUUAAGUAGGAAAGAAAUCGUGUAACAUAUGUAAAUAUAUCGUCAAUCAUAGAUAUAUGUUAUCGAUAUAGAUGUAAUAGCAGAUACGAUGAUGUUUACGUUGGAAAGUGGUGUGCUAGCUACUUUUAGGGUAAAAGCGAGUCACUCAAACGGCGUUUGACAGGAAGCUGUUUGUAUAUGUUCGAAAUCGCGAAAGUUCGUCAAUUGUGGAAACGGUCACUUUUCGUGCGAGUUUCGAUAUAUUCAUAGUGAUACUGAUAUUUCUACGGGAAAGUUUUAAUCUGCUUAAAAACAAAAAGAGAAAAGAAAAAGUUGAAAAAUAUGAUGAUAUGAUAACAAUAAGGGACAAUUUGAAACGAGUACGUCGUGAUAAUUUCGACGUGACGGAACGUUGGAAAUUAUUCGCUGCUUAAUUUCAUUCGAUACGAGUUUUGCGAACUGUAACGUAAAAAAGAAAAAAAGAAAAAAAAAAACAAAAAACAGGUCAGUCGCGUCGCGUGCCAUCAAUGGUUACUUAAAAGGGGAUUUUUAACGAUAUGUCGAUUGCGUGUGCAGAUACAGAUUCGCUCGUAGUUUUCCAUUUCAUUGGAAACAAUUAACGUUUACGGGGGAACGCUGUAUCUCUGCUUAUCACGUUUCAGUCGACGAAUUGUUUCAGAAAUAAUUAGCGGCCGUUUCGCCGUCUGUACGCUCUUUAUAUUAUAACUAUACAAUCGUGUACAGUAGAUAGUGUGCUGAUUGUUUUGUAAGAUUUGUUUGUUUUCUUUUUCUAUACAAUAAAAUAUUGCUUAAUGUC